AAAAAAGGCGGGAGGGCGCGUCCGCCAUUUUGUUCCAAGUUCCCUUCGUGUCGGACACUAGGCCACUUCGCGGCGGCAGGAAACAACUUUUUUCAGGCAUGGAUCACGCGUUUUAUGUGGUGCAGUCGCCACCGGAAGAUCCUACGAUAAGCCCAGAUUUCACGUAUAAGAUGUCCGAAGCCGAGCUGGUGAAGUUUGUGAGGUUACGUGCUGCCAACGACACUCUGUUCACCGGGAAAAGGAAUACGUCGGUCAUCGCCUGGAGGGCCAUCUUGAAAGAGAUGGGGAUCCACAGAAAGAUGUCGACCAGUCAGGCAAGAAAGAAGUGGGAAAAUCUCAAAAAGAAAUACAAGGAAAUGAAGAACCCCCCACCAGGCAUCACGGUGAACCCAACCAACUGGCAGUGGUUCUCCUUAAUGGAGGACGCCAUGGAGGGCAGGCUGAACGACAGCGAGGCCAUGGUGUCCACCAUGUCUCUGGGUGAGGACAGCGACUACCGGCCCGACAAACCCCGGCGACGAGGCCGCGAUUCGUUCCGCAGCGACAUCGAGCUCCUAGUGGACGGAGAAGACACGGGGCUCUCAGGCGACAUGGGACGAGACCUGGGAAGCGACCGGGACGAUACGGACCACGAGAGGGCGCUGUUCGAUAGCGACCGCUCGGCUCUCGAGAGCGAGAGGAUGGUGCUGGAGCGAGAGAAGAUGGUCCUGGACAGAGAGAGAGCCGGCUUGGAGAGGGAGCUGGCCGCUCUGGACCGGGACAAAGCGUCUCUGGAGAGGGAGAAAGCCGCAGUGGAGAGGGACAGAGCCUCCGUGGAGCACGAGCGCGCUCAGCUGGAGAAGAAGAGGGCCGAGAUGGACAGAGAGAGAGCUCGGCUGGAGAGAGACAGAGCAGCAUUGGAGAGACAGAGAGCAGGCAUCGGAGGAGACACGAUCGACAAUCAGGAAGGACCCGAGAAAAUGGAGGAAGGAGAAAUAGAGCUGGCAUCCGUACAGAGGAGACAGAAAUUCCUCGAUUUAUUUGAGAAGUUGAUCGAGAACUUCUGAAAGCUUCUUGUGAAUCUGAGUGGGGUUUUUUUUUUGUUUUGUUUUAUCGCGGAUGAUACUGUAUGAUUUACCAUGCUUAAUUAUUUUCUUUUCGUUUGGUGGUAUCCUACUGAUGUGAAUGGCAGACGUGUCCGAGACGUGUUCAGGAUCUGAGCUUUAGAGUUCUCCUCAGUUAGGCUGUCAAAAAAAAAACCUUAAGCCACCUCUGUUUUGGAGAGGUCAUUCAAACAACUUUUAUUCAAUUGUGGUAUUUGCAUACAAAGCACACAUGAACCAUGUUAAGCAUCUCUCGACCCUAACACAGUACAACAGUGUUCACUUGAAGACCCUCUUUGCCCCUCCACAUGGACAAAAAAAAUGUUUUUGAUUAAUUCGAUACCAAAUAUUGUAUUUCAUGUUGCGGGGGAGGGGGAGGGGGAAUCUGGAUUAUUAUUUUUUUUUUUAUAUUACAAUACAGACUUUACAACAAAAAAUGUUUAUGUUGAUGCUUCUUUUAUUGCAUUGAGUAAUAAAUUUUACCUUUCAAAAAUUCA